GAAUUUAACGCAAAGUUUUGAUAAUUAUGAGAAUCAAUACAUUAAAAGUAACAUUACUUUCAAAACAAGUCAUAUCAUCUGUUAAUGUAAUUCAAUACAAAAGUUUACACUCAAGUCGUCAACAAUUGUUAGUAAAAACUAUUGAAUUCAAGACUUGCGGCCAAUUGUAUGAUAAGUUGCGGCAAAAGAAUCCAAAACUUUACCGAAACAGUCCUUCGAGUGGACUAACAGUUAAUGUUGAAUAUGUGGACACUUUAGGUGAUAAUAAAACGGGAAAAGUUAAGACAAUUUUAGCUAUUCAUGGAAUUCCCGGAUAUUAUAAUCAUUUCGAUAAACUUUAUCAAUAUUUUGGUAACAAAUGUUCAUCCGUUCGGGUAAUCGCACCAAAUAUGCCUGACUUUGGUCUCACCCGACAAACGAUGGCUUUUUGGCACUCAAAUGAAGAAAGAUCUCAAUUUAUAAGAGAUUUUCUUAAAGCGAUUAAUGUGUCGACCAUUGAUUGUCUGGUCAGUCAUUCGGCGGGAAUUCAUCCGAUUUCGAUGCUUUGGACAGAUCCACAAGAAUUGGCCAUUAAGUCGAUCGGUCUCUUUUGUCCGCAACCUCUUUGGCUGUCGAAAAAUGUUUUAUUUUACAGUGAAUUGACUUCAUAUUUGGCAAAACACAAGUUAGGUAUCAAACUAAUGGACACAAUAAGACCCGAUCGCAUUGCCCAUCGAUUUGGUUAUCCCAUGAGUUACGCUAAUGUCGAUGAAGUUUUGCUAACAGUUUGUUUUGGAUCUAUUAGUUUAAAUCAACAAUUACUUCAUCAAAGAUUACAAUUUAUUAGACAACAUAAGAUACCGACACUUAUGGUGUUAGGAGAAAGGGAUAAAUUAAUACUUAAAAAUAAUUUAAAAUAUUUGUUUCAAGAUCUGGGUGUAAAUGAUUCACAUUUUGUUAAAUAUUUGUCUGACAAAGACAAUGAUAGAUCAGAUAAUAAAACCAAUGAUAAGUCAGAAAAUGAUAUUAACAAAGACUGGAUCAAAGUGUUGUCAUUUGCAGAUGGAGGACAUUUCGCUUUCAAUAAAUUUAGUAAUAUUGUUAAUAAACAACUGGUCAUACAUUUAUUAUCUUAA